AUGUCUACAGAUCAAGUAGUUUAUUACAAAGUACUUUUAGCUUUAGCAUUGAUUGGAACAAAAUUUCCAACGAUAUGUUGUUGUCUACUAUUACUAUGCGUAAAUUCGAGCUUAGCUAAAAAUGGAUUAUGUGAUGUGGCAACAGGACAAACAAAUAUUAUAUUAGAUAUUGAAGAAAGUCGGGGCAGUUAUGUUAAUCAAGUAACGAUACCAGAAGAGUUACCAAUUAUUGGCGAUCCAUUUACGGAAAUUGUAUUGGAUUUAGUAUUCCCGAAAGGUCAACCAAUAUUCAUUUUAAAUGGAAAGAAAUUACAAUUAUUACAACCAUUAGAUCGUGAUAAAAAUAAUUUAUCUCAUGUCAUUUUUUCGUUGACAUGUCUAGUAAAAUCAAGUGGUAAAAAACGUACAAUACCAGUAAUUGUACGUGUAUCAGAUGUUAAUGACAAUGCACCAGUAUUUCAAAAUACACCAUAUGAAACAACUGUACCAGAGUUAACACCCGUUGGAACAACGAUCUUUCAGAAUAUCUUAGCAACGGAUGCUGAUGCAGGGGUUAACAGUUUAGUGGAAUAUUUUAUUGUUGAAGGCAACAGUAAUCAGGAAUUGGGUGUUAAUGAUGGUAUUGGAACGGAACGUAUUACAACUGCUGACGGUUUUGGAUAUUUUAGUAUUAACUUACCACAUCAAGGACAAGUGACAGUUAAUCGUUCCUUAGAUUAUGAAAAAAUUCAACGAUAUUUAGUCACUAUUGUUGCAUCGGAUCGAGCAAGAAACGUUUCUGAACGAUUUUCAACAACAACAACAUUAACCGUCAACAUUAAGGAUGACGAUGAUCAAGAUCCUUCAUUUAUAUAUCAAGGAUGUAUGUUACUGGACGGAACAUGCAUCAAUCCAGAAUAUUCGACAUAUGUUUCAAGUGGCGUAUUAUCUGGUAUAUUAAAUAUUUAUCCAGAGAAAAUCCAAGCUGUUGACAUGGACACAAUAAAUUCACCAAUACGAUAUACAUUUUUAAGUGGUACACCAAGCUCGUACAGUGACUUUUUUGAAAUUAAUCAACAUACGGGUGCUGUAAGACAAAUUAAGGCAGUUGAUACAGCUGUUACGAAGCGAUUUGAUCUCAUUAUUAAGGCAACAGAAGUAUCAGACCAACAACGUUCAACAACAGCAAAAUUAUCGAUAACCGUAAAACCUGUCGACGCCAAUCCGCCAGUCAUUCACGCAACAGCCGUUGAAGGUUUUGUUGAUGAGAAUGCUGCGAUAGGUACACCAGUGAUUGAUAGUGAAGGCGAACCUAUUGUAUUAACUGUUACUGAUGCCGACUUAGGUCCAGAAGAUCCCAAACCAAUUUACAAAUUUGAAUUAACAACCCCAUAUUUCAAAAUUAAUAAUUUGGGUGUGUUAAUUGUGAAUGAUGAACAUUUGGAUCGAGAUCCACCUAGUCCUGGAAAAUUCCGGUUUCAAGUUGUUGCACGAGAGAAAGCUGGUAUUGCUGCAAGUAGCCCUCUUUCAUUAAUCGUAACAUUAAAUGAUAUAAAUGAUAAUGCACCAUAUUUACCUAUGAUUUCACCAAUUACAAUACAAGCUGGUGAUGCUAAACGUCAUGUAAUAAAGAUUGAAGCAACUGACAAUGAUGCCGGUGAAAAUGCAGUCAUUACUUACAGUAUUUAUCAUGUAUCAAACAAUGGCCAGAAAAAGUUCACAAUUGAUCCAAAAAGUGGUAUAAUUGAAACAACUGGUAAAGUGAGUGCUGGUGAACAAUAUAGUAUCACUGUCCAAGCAACAGAUCGUGGUGGAUUACAUAGUCAAACUAUUGUUGAAGUUACUGUAUUACCUGGUCCGAAUACAAAAGCGCCAGAAUUCCAGCAACCAGUGUAUGAGGUGCAAGUGAGCGAAGGUGCUUCGAUUAAUUCCACUGUGGCAACAGUAAUUGCUGUCGAUCCAGAAAAUGAUCCAGUUACAUAUUCGAUAAUUUCUGGUAACGACUUACGGCAGUUUGGUAUUGGUGAUCGUAAUGGUGUUAUUUCAGUACGUCGGAAAUUAGACCGUGAAGAUCUUACACGUUAUCAGUUGUUAAUUAAAGCCGAAGAUAAUGGCCAUUUGUCGAGUACAGCAACAGUUAAUAUAAAAGUUACUGACAUCAAUGAUAAAAAUCCGGAAUUUGAAGGAUUACCGUACGAAUUCCGUAUUGAAGAAGGUCCUGCUGGACGUUUAGUGGGCCGAGUCCAUGCGACUGAUUUAGAUGAAGGAAUUAAUGCUCUUGUAUCAUACCAUGUACCAGACGACAUUCCUUUUGCCAUUGAUUACGAGAGUGGGGAUGUAACUACAAAAAUUGCAUUAGAUUAUGAAACAGAAAGUGAGUAUAAAUUUGUUGUUACGGCAAAAGAUGGUGCUCCAGAUCCAAGAAUUGCAACUGCUACUGUUACUGUAAAUGUAAUUGAUAUCGAAGACGAAGUUCCAGUCUUCCAUCGAACAGAAUAUACAGCGAUUGUUCCUGAAAAUAUGCCGGAUACAUUUGUGAUCCAAGUUACAGCUGAUGAUCCAGAUUCGGUUAAGAAGAUUACAUAUGUAAUAAGGCAAGGACCUACAGAUCAAUUCCGAAUUGAUUCCAAAACCGGAGAAAUUUACACGUUACGAGGUUUAGAUUAUGAGCGAGAUAUUCAGCAUGUUUUAAUUAUCGGUACUUUGGAGAAUGAAAGUAAUGGUUCAGGAGCAACAACCAAAGUUAUAAUUGACGUAGAAGAUCGUAAUGAUAUUCCUCCAGUAUUUACAUCAGUUCCACGUCCAAUUACAUUGGAUGAUGAAGCCCAAAUUGGAUCCAUUGUCACUAAUUUAAUUGCAACCGACUCUGAUGGAACAGCACCGGGUAAUAAAGUUCGAUACGAAUUGAUUGGUCGUGGUAAAUCAAAUAAAUAUUUCCAAAUUGAUUCGGAUACGGGUGUUCUUCGAGUACGGGAUGAUUUACGAAAAGAUACGGACAGUGAAUAUCAGGUGGAUAUUCGAGCAUAUGAUUUGGGUGAACCACAAUUAUCAUCUGUUAUGACCGUACCAGUUUAUGUCCGGCAUGUUGCGACUGUACCACCAGAAGUUGGUUUAGCAUUUGCUGAUGAUAUUUUUACAGCUAAUGUACCUGAAAAUGCUGCCAAUGGUUCAUUGGUUAAAACACUCACUAUCCUAAAUAAUCAUGUCCACACUGAUAUUCCAUUGAAAUGUAAUAUUGCCGCUGGAAAUGACGAAGAAUUUUUUACGGCUAAUAUAACUCCCGAACGAAACUGUGCGCUAUAUUUAAUCAAAUCGCUGGAUUUCGAAAGCAAAGAAAUGUAUGAGUUGGAAAUUCAAUUAGAUUCCUUGCAAGGUUUAGUAAAUCCAAUGCGCAGUUCAGCAAUAAUUAAAAUUACUGUUGUGGAUGUAAAUGACAACUUACCAGAAUUUAUUUUCCCAAGAAACAAACGUUCGUUCGAAAAUGGUACCUAUUUUGGAGCUUUGUCAAAAGAUGCUAGUGUGAAUUCUGUAGUUCUUCAAGUAAAAGCAAACGAUAAUGACAGUGGAAAAUUUGGUAAAAUUCAAUACAAGUUAAUUAGCAACGACGAAAAAAGUGACGAAUAUUUUACAAUGGAACCAACCUCCGGAAUCAUAAAAACGAAGAAAACAUUUGACAGUGUAAUGGAUUCAGAACUACCAUUCCGGUUUAAGGUUGAAGCACGUGACAAUCCAAAUUCUGACAUGGAUUUUAAUACAGUAACAGCUCCCGUAGUGAUUAACUUAAUAUCUGAUAUAAAUCGAAUGGUUUUGGUAAUGGGUGAUGCUAAACCCGAUGUAAUGUCCGGCCAAGAAGAUACCGUUGUGGAUAUAUUAGAAUCACAUUCUGGGUUGGUUGUUGGUAUUGAAAGAAUGUCUGCACGUCAAUAUGUAAAUGUGAAUGGAUCAUUAGAAACAGAUCCAUUGGCAACUGAUGUAUGGUUUUAUGCUGUUGAUCCAGAAACGGGUAUUAUUUUACAACGAAAUCAUAGUCGUGUUCAAAGGUCAAUAUUUGAGAAAUCAGCCAUGGAUAAUAUAACAUUUGAUGUUACUGGAUUAGUGAAAUAUACAGCAUCCAAUAUACAUGAACCGAUUAUGGUACAAAAUAAAAUUAAAGCGGCUGUGGCGUUGUAUGAUGAUGUAUUCCCGUAUGCGUUGAUUGUUAUUGCUUGUAUUAUUUUUAUAUUGGGAAUAGCUGGAAUUAUUUAUAUUUGUAUAUCUUGGUCUAGAUAUAAAGCAUUCAAAGAACAAAUGUCCAAUCAACGAUCGUACAUUGUACCAAGUCCAACCCGAUAUGAUCCGGUAUUUGUUGAACCAAAUUUAAAAGAAUAUGAAACACAAGUAUUACAAAUGUCAGUACCGUUAGAUGAAGAUAAUGAAUUUAACGAUUUACAAUUAGAUUUUAGCAGUAAAAAUCAUGCAUUUAGCUUAGAUAAUGUUAGUUAUAUUACGAAGGAUAAUAAUGAUAGUAUAGGUCAAAAUAGUCCAAUUGAGUCAGAUACAGCGACAACAGCACGUGCUUCAAGUGUUGUUGGUAGUGGAAUGGAUUUGAGUCACACGUUGCAACGUAAGAAUGCGAAAAACAUGCAACAUAAUAAUUUAAAUCAAGAAAUACCAAUCUUAAAUCCUUUGUAUCAUAAUAGAGCGUCGGACGAUGAAGGAAAUAACAUGAACACAAGUCCAUCAAAUGAAAAUGUUAUGUUUCGAGAGAAAAAAGAUUAUUCACAUUUAGGUGGAUUUUCCUAUUUAAACGAUAGAAAUAUUGUUGAAACUACAACCGAAUUAUAG